AUUUGUCUGUCGUUACAGAUGAUUGAAACGCUUGUAACUACCGAAGCUCAGGAACUGCUGUACCAGCUCACAGCUCUGCUGGAGCAGGAGCUGCGAUGCCAGCCGAAGGCCUCUGGCCUGAGACUGAUUGAAUCUGCUCAUGACAAUGGCCUCCGAAUGACUGCAAGGCUGAGGGACUUUGAAGUGAAAGAUCUCCUCAGCUUAACUCAGUUCUUUGGCUUCCAUACGGAGACAUUUUCUCUAGCUGUGAAUUUCUUAGACAGAUUUUUGUCAAAAAUGAAGGUACAGCCUAAACACUUGGGCUGUGUUGGACUCAGCUGUUUCUACUUGGCUGUGAAGGCAACGGAAGAAGAGAGAAACAUUCCCUUAGCCACUGACUUAAUUCGAAUAAGCCAGUACAGAUUCACUGUUUCUGAUAUGAUGAGAAUGGAGAAAAUCAUACUAGAGAAGCUCUCCUGGAAAGUCAAAGCCGUAACAGCCUUCCAGUUUCUACAACUCUACCAUUCACUCAUUCAUGAGAAUUUAAGCUGCGAAAGGAGAAAGUAUCUUAAUUUUGAGAGACUUGAGACCCAGCUUAAGGCAUGUCACUGCAGGAUCAUGUUUUCUAAAGCCAAGCCUUCUGUCCUGGCACUGUCUAUUAUGGCACUAGAGAUAGAAGAACAAAAACUACUGGAGUUGACAGAGGCAUUGGAAUUUCUGCAGAUGCAUUCCAAGAUAAACAGCAGAGAUUUGACCUUCUGGAAGGAACUGGUGUUGAAGUGCCUUACAGAAUAUUCCUCGAGCAAGUGUUCCAAACCAAACGUCCAGAAAUUGAAAUGGAUUGUGUCUGGACGUACAGCACGGCAGCUUAAACAUAGCUAUUACAGAAUAACACACCUUCCUACAAUUCCAGAGACCAGCUCAUAAUAGGACUACAAUAAAAUGAAGAGAUGACCAUCCUGUGGCCUAGUUUACAAACUGCUGAAGAUUUGAGAAAUAAAGUCUGAAACAUGAUCUUAAUGAAGAACUCAACUCAUGAAAAGAAUAUACAACGCUUCAGACUAAAGAUCCUUUGGGCAAAUACAUUCUUUUCAUGAUGAUUACAACAAUGAAUAUUCAGUGUCAGUUUUUAGUUUUAUUUGCUAGAAUGUUUACUAUUCAAACAGCGAAGCACCACACUACUGAUACAUAGAAUGUUAACACCUUAUAAUUUGUAGAGCAGCUUGUGUAGUCUAACCUUGGUUGACUGUAACUGCAGGUGCUGAAUUAGGUAUUUAAGUUCAAAAAUUUGACUGAGUUUCGUGAGAGUAUACAACAUUAGGAAAACAUAAUGUGCAGUAGCACAGUGCUGCAGUGUCUCAAGCAAACUAAAGACCAUCCUGCUCAGUACUCGUGAGAGUAACAAAUACAUGUCAGUCCACCUGACAUGCUGAUCACGUGGUGUCACGUGGCUUUGUGUUCCUUCUGGGCAGGGCACUGGCCUUAAAUGUAGAUACCACACAGCCUCGUUGUUAGUGUGUAUCUGCUGUGUAUCUCAACUAAUUUGAGUAGAAGAGAUGAACCUUACUUCAUUGCGUUGUAAAAGCAAGUAGCUGACACUGCAUUAAUAACUUUGAUAUUCUGUUAAGAAGCGUAGCUUACUGAGACUGGGAAUGAUAUGAGUAUAGAAAUUUCAUGAUACAUAACAAAGGCCGAGGGGAAAGCACUGAGACAACUGCCUCACAUGCGAAACCAGUUUUCCAAGGUUCAACUGUACAAGAAGAGGUAAGUGCAGAUGCUGAACAGGUGCAUUUUUAUAUGCCCAGUAAGAGUGGGGCCGUCUUCCCCAUACUGGCCCAUAGGUAGGAGUGAUUUUGUUGAGAAACACUGAAGAUUGCUUUAACUGUUCUCUUUAAUGGUAAGCUUCAUAAAAUAUAACUGCUUUUUCUGAAGACUAGGUCAGUACUCGAGGAGAAUCUUAGUUCUGGUGCUAACAUGAAAGGGUUGAGAACGUGUUACAGUACGUAAGAGGGAUAGUUGUGUUGGGGGAAUGUUGCUGAUGACUUCUUGACUUCUACGUCACUGUGAAACAGUGGCUAUUAGUUGUAGCCUGUUAAUAACUGAUGGCCAUAUGAACUGACUUAGCAGAGAAUGAGAUCCGAAUGUUCUGAAUACAGCGUGUGCCUAGACGUUAGCCUACAAACCUGUCUUGUUUACAGUAAUAGCUGAUAGGUAAAUCACGUUCCUUGCCUAUCUCAAACAAACUGUAGUUAAACAUUUCACAAAAGAUUUCAUACCAAAGCUCUAUACUGGACAAAUCAUAAUUUCCCUUGAACUCAUGGGAAAGAAUGCACUGUGUGGUAGCUGAUUGGGUCAUGCAUCUUGCCAGCGCUGUCUGCACGCUGUGCUGACCUAUGAAAAACAUACAAGCGAUUCAUACAAAGAGGCGGUCAGCUUACUGGGAGAAAUGGAUAAAGAUGCAACGUGCAAUUUUAAUGCCUCAGUAUUUAAGAGAUGUACCUUUCAAUAAAACAUAUUGAAAUGUG